AUGAAGGAGAGCCUUGGUCCCCUUGAGGAAGGAGCCCAUACACUACCAAAAAUUUAUACUGUUAAUCUUUCUCCUGGCCGUCACCAAAGGGACCCAGGGCCUUUUACCAGUGUAACUGUAGUGAGAAAAGCAAAUAAUCAGACCUUUUAGGGACUACUGGACACUGGCUCUGAACUGACAUAAAUCCAGAGACCAAAACAUCACUGUGGCCCACCGGUCAGAAUAAGGGCUUAUGGAGGUCAGGCAAUCAAUGGAAUUUGAGCUCAGUUCUCUAUCACAGAACCAGAGGGCCCUCAAACACAUCCUGGGAAACACAUUACCCCAGUUCCAGAAUGCGUAAUUGGGAUAGGUACACACAGCAGCUGGCAGAAUCCCCAUGUUGAUUCCCUGAUCUGUACAGUGAGGGCUAUUAUGUUGGGAAAGGCCAAGUUGAAGCCACUAUCACUGCUUCUACUCAGGAAAAUAAUAACAAAGCAAUACUUUAUUCCUAGAGGGAUUGCAGAGACUAGUGCCACCAUCAAGGACUUGAAAGAUGCAGGGGUGGUGACUCCCACCACAUCCCCACUAAACUCACCUAUUUGGGCUGUGCAGAAGACAGAUGGAUCUUGGAGAAUGACAGUGGAUUAUUGUAAGAUCUGCGUGGUAACUCCAAUUGCAGCUGCUGUACCGGAUGUGGUUUCACUGCUUCAGCAAAUUAACACAUCCCCUGGUACUUGGUAUACAGCUAUUGACCCAGCAAAUGCCUUUUCCUCCAUUUCUGUCCGUAUGGCCCACCAGAAGCAAUUUGCUCUUAGCUGGCAAGGCCAGAAAUAUACCUUCACUGUCCUACCUCAGGGACUUAUCAACUCUUCAGUCCUAUGACAUAAUUUAGUUCACAGGGAUCUUGAUCUCCUUUCCCUUCCACAAGAUAUCACACUGGUCAGUGACAUUGAUGAUAUUAUGCUGACCAAACCUAGUGAGCAAGAAGUAGCAACUCUUCUACACUUAUUGGUAAGAUAUUUGCAUGUCAAAGAGUGCAACAUAACUCCAACAAAAAUUCAGGAGCCUUCUACCUUGGUGAAACUUCUUGGCAUCUAGUGGUGUGGAGCAAGUCAAGAUAUCCCUUCUAAGGUGAAAGAUAAGUUGUUGCAUCUGGCUUCUCCUCAUACCAAAAAAGAAAGGCAAGGACUAGCAGACCUCUUUGGAUUUUGGAGGCAAUGUAUUCCUCAUUUGGGUGUGUUGCUCCAGCCCGCUUACUGAGUGGUCUGUAAAGCUGCUAGUUUUAUAGGCCCAGAAUAAGAGAAGGCUCUGUAACAGGUCCAGGCUGCUGUGCAAGCUGCUCUGCUACUUGAGCCAUAUGAUCCAGCAGCUUCGAUGGUGAUUGAAAUAUCAAUGGCAGACAGGGAUGCUGGUUAGAGCCUUUGGCACGUCCCUAUAGGUGGAUCACAGCACAGGCCCUUAGGAUUUUGGAGCAAAGUCCUGUCAUCCUCCACAGAUAACUACUCUCCUUUGAGAAAGCUCUUGGCCUGCUACUGGACCUUGGUAGAGACUGAAUGCUUAACCAUGAGCCACCAAGUUACCAUGCAAUCUGAGCUGCCAAUCAUGAACUGGGUGUUGUCUGAACUACCAAGUCAUAAAGUUGGGUGUGCACAUCAGCACUCCAUCAUCAAAUGGAAGUGGUAUACACAUGAUUGGGCCUGAGCUGGCCCUAAAGACACAAGUAAGUUACAUGAAGAAGUGUCCCAAAUGCCCAUGGUCCCCACUUCUGUUACAUUGCCUUUUCUCUCCUAGCUUGUACCUGUGGCCUCAUGGGCUCCCUACAAUCAGCUGACAGAGGUAGAGAAGACUCAGGCCUGGUUUACAGACAGUUCUGCAUGAUAUGGAAGCACCACCUGAAAAUAGAUAGCUGCAGCACUACAGCCCUUAUCUGGAACAUCCCUGAAGGUCAGUGGUGAAGUGAAAUCUUCCCAGUGGGCAGAACUUUGAGCACCUGACUAUAUCACUCACUUUGCUUGAGAGAAGAAAUGGCAAGAUGUACAAUUAUAUACUGAUUCAUGGGCUGUAGCUAAUAGUUUGGCUGGAUGGCCAGGGACUUGGAAGGAACGUGAUUACAAAAUUAUUGACAAAGACAUUUGGGGAAAAGUUAUGUCAACAGACCUCUGGGCAAAAAACCUGAAGGUAUUUGUGUCUCAUGUGAAUGCCUACCAAAGGGUGACCUCAACAAAGGAGGAUUUUAAUAAUCAAGAGGAUAGGAUGAGCUGUUCUAUGGAUACUAGUCAGCCUCUUUCCCCAAUCACACCUGUCAUCACCCAAUGGGCUCAUGAAUAAAGUGGCCAUAGUGGCAAGGAUGGAGGUUAUGCAUGGGCUCAGCAACAUAGACUUCCAUUCACCAAGGCCAACCUGGUUAUGACCACUGCUGAGUGUCAAAUCUACCAGCAGCAGAGACCAACAUUGAGUCCCUGAUAUAGCACCAUUCCCUGAGGUAAUUAAGCUAUCUGGUUGCAGGUUGAUUACAUUGUACUACUUCCGUGUCAUGGUAUUCCACACAGCACUGCUUCUGAUCAAGGAACCCACUUCACAGUAAAAGAAAUACUGCAAUGGGCCCAUGCUCAUGGAAUUCACUGGUCUUACCAUGAUUCCCCCCAUCCUAAAGCAGCUGUUAUAGAGUGGGAGAAUGGCCUUUUGAAGACUCAGUUUCAGUGCCAACUAGGUGGAAAUACCUUGCAGGGCUGGGACAAAGUUCUCCAGAAGGCUGUACAUGCUCUGAAUAUGUGUCCAACAUGUACUGUUUAUCCCAUAGCCAUUCAUGGGUCCAGGAAUCAAGUAGACUUGGGAGUGGCACCACUUGCUAUUACCUCUAGUGACCCACUAGUAAAAUUUUUGCUUCCUGUUCUAGUGACUUUAUGUUCUGCUGGCCUAGAGGUCCUAGUUCUAAAGAGAGGAAUGCUUCCACCAGGAGACACAACAAUGAUUCUACAGAACUGGAAGUUAAGUUUGCCACCUGGCCAUUUUGCACCCAUAGCGCCUCUGAGUCAACUGGCAAAGAAGGGAGUAACUGAGAUGAUUGGGUUGACUGAUUCUGACUACCAAGGGAAAAUUGGACUGCUACUCCAUAACGGAGGGUGGAAUACAGGAGAUCCCUUAGGUUGUCUCUUAGUACCACCAUGCCAUAAGACCACUGGAAAACUACAACAACCCAAUCCAAGCAGAACUACUGAUGGCCCAGACCCUUCAGGAAUGAAAGUUUGAGUCACUCUACCAGGUAAAGAACUAUGGCUAGCUGAGUUGCUUGCUGGAGGUAAAGGGAAUGCAGAAUGGGCAGUGGAAAGAGGUACCUAUAAGUACCAGCUAUGACCAUGUGACCAGUUACAGAAAUGA